AUGAGUGCAGAUUGUUCCGUUGGAUCAAAUCCUCUCGCGCAGUUGAAUAAACAUGCCCAGCAGAAUCCUGCUCUGAGACAAGUGGGGUAUCAAAAUCCGGCCAGUAAUGUUGCUCAAAACUUCAAAACUCAUGUGAAUGAAGUAUCCAAUGCAAAUCGUUUUCAAAUGGACCAGUUUAUGAACAGGUCACCUGGUUUUUCUGAUGGUCAGUUGGGAAUGGCGCCUGUUCCUAGUGCUAUUCUUUCGCAUGGUCCUCGUUUUGGACUAAAGAAACAAGAUAGUGGAAGCAGUAAUAUGUCAGCAGGCGAUACAGCUCAGCAUUCCAGGAGCUGGGGUAAUGAAUUUAAUAGCAGAUCUCCUCAACAGGGUUUAGCCAGCAGAGUCAAUAAUGUUGAAAGAAUAAGCAACACAAAUUCUAUGAGUUCAUACAGGCCUGGCAUGUCCCGGAUCGGGAGGCCGAUGAUGCAUACAGGUAUUUCUUCAUUACAUAAUUAUUCUCACAUGUCUCAGCAAACACCGCAAAUGUCCAGUGAUGAUGGUGUUCUCGCUGACAAGCAGUGGAAUGAGCAGUUUGAAGCCUUGGAGAAGGCUGUGGCUGAAAAUUUGACCAUGGAGGACAAUAAAGAGGAAACCAAGGAGGAGAUAGUAGUGGAGGAUGGAUAUCAAGCAGACUUCCAAGAAGUCUGGGAUAAGUUACAAGCGGAGACGGCUGAUAAUAAUUUGGAAACAAGUGAUUCUCAAUGGGAGAAAGAUUACGCUCGCUAUAUGACUGGUAAAGCAACACAUAUUCCACCUUACAGAUUUGAUAAUGAUAACCAAUACAUGCAUAAUCCAAAUGCCUAUGAAAUUGGAUGUAUCCUAAUGGAAAAUGGGGCGAAGCUAAGUGAAGCUGCAUUGGCUUUCGAAGCUGCUGUGCAAGAAGACCCCGCGCAUGUAGAUGCAUGGUUAAAGCUUGGAUUGGUUCAAACACAAAACGAAAAAGAAAUGAAUGGUAUUAGUGCGCUUGAGCAAUGUUUAAGCCUAGACCCCACUAAUCAGCAGGCACUCAUGACAAUUUCUAUCAGUUAUAUUAAUGAGGGAUAUGAUCUGACCGCUUUCAGCAUGCUCAACAGAUGGCUAGAUAGUAAGUACCCUGAGUUAACACGCUCCCCUACCAUUGAUGAGGCCAAUAUCGAUAGGUUUAAUUUGAGCAAACAAGUAAUCACGAAGUAUUUGCAAGUAGCUAACGCCUUGCCUCAGGUGGAUCCAGAAGUUCAGCUCGGUUUGGGAACGCUUUUCUAUGCCAAUGAAGAGUUUGGUAAGACAAUUGACUGUUUCCGCACCGCAUUAGAAGUCAAUCCAAAUGACGAAUUAAUGUGGAACCGUUUGGGAGCCUCUUUGGCCAAUUCAAACCGUAGCGAAGAAGCUAUCCAGGCAUACCACAAGGCCCUUGCCUUGAAACCGUCUUUUGUGAGAGCUCGUUAUAACUUGGCCAUUUCGUCAAUGAAUAUUGGCUGUUAUAAAGAGGCUGCAGAGUCUCUGCUCUCUGCUCUAUCUAUGCAUGAAGUAGAGAAUGUUCCAAUUACUGGAUCAGUCGUGCAAUCUAACAAUAUUCUGGAGACCUUAAAGCGUUCCUUUGUCGCCAUGGAUAGGAGAGAUUUGCUAGAAAAAGUCAUGCCGGGCAUGGAUCUACAGCAAUUUCGUAAUGAGUUUAACUUCUGA